AUUAUAAUUAAACAACUAUCAACAUUUAGAUAAUUUAUGAUAUGUAUUAAUAUAAUUAAACCAAUUAGAGUUUUUACUGCACGAACCACAGUUGCCAAGCGGAACUACUAAUACGGGAAACCUCACCAGUCGAACCUAAUUCCAGUGGUGGAAGUGGUGAAGAAUAUCAGGAACAUGAUCGAAGAAAAACUGGUUGUAAUAGAUACUGAACAUAAAUCAAUCAACAUCACCCAAAGGAAAAGUGACCAGCAGCCCCUUUGGACUCGCAGUGACAACUCCUUCAAAUUCAGCUUUUUUCAAGACAACUGUCCAGAAAGUUUAAACCAAGCUUCUUCUUCAUCAGAGCAUACAGUCAGCCAAUUCACCUUCACCAGACAGGAGAACUUUGCUUUUGCCUUCAACUUCCAAAUUGACCCAGAGGAAGACAUGAAUACAGAGCCCUCAAAUGGCACUUCUCAAAACAAGCAACAGUGUACAGAGCUUGAGAACACAUCAUGUGAACAAAGUGCCUCUUCACCAAACACAUCUACUUCAAAUACAUCUAAAAAGAAAAAGAAGAAAACCGGAAAACACAAAGCAGUAGAUAACACCACAAAAGAGCCAAAGGACACAGCUGCACAGGAACAAGGUGGUGAAAGUGCAGAGCAGAGUACAGAGGAGCAGUUACAACGGCAACUUGACUGGUGCAUUGAGCAAUUAGAACUGGGAAUGAGAUCCCAAAAAGCCUCUACAAAACAAAAAGAGGAGGCAUCUAGGGCUCUGAAGACUUUACGCAGUUCUAAAGCUCCACUGGUCAAAAAGAGGCAGUUGAUGAGAGCAAUGGCUGGAGAUUACAGAAAGAAAAUGGAAGAGGAAAAAACCAAACAGUUUAAACUUAUUCAGAAUGAAAUCGCAUCAGCACAACUUCGAGCUGUGUCAGAGUUGCCAAAGAAGUCGUCUUUUCAUCGAAAGGCUGGUAGCAAAGCUCCAACUUCAGAGAGCAAUUCUAACUCCAACAAAUCUGAUGCAACAGUGGCACCUGACAAGAACUGUGUCUUUACACCAUCAAAUGAGGAGUUUCGGUUUAAUUUUUUUUAAAGAUUUUACCGACUCUCCCUGGUGACUUUAAUUGUAUGUGUAUUCAGCGCUAGAUAUGUGCAGAAGUGACAAUGUAAUCAGCUGCCUAUAAUAAAGAUUUUAUAAUGUAUAAA